UAAUGACUUAAUGACAUAUAUACACUAUACAAUUUCGUACGGACAUGAAUAUGAUCAUGCAAACCGUUAUUUUGUACGAGUUAAAAGUUGUUAAAGUGAUUGUGCUGUGUUUAUUGUGGCAUGCACAUCUAUCAUCAUCUCUGAAUGGUAGGUACACCAAAUCCAUUGAAAACUAUAAGCUGACCGUCCCGCAUAAGCUAACGAACCGAGGCGAAUUCCUGACCUUCAACCUACCCCAUUUCUUCAAACAUGACCCUUCAGCCAGAAGAACCAAAAGACACGACCAAGAAGACGUAGUUCACUAUGGGGUCAGUCUGGACAAUCAGGACUAUCACGUGGAGUUGUGGCCCAACCACGAUUUUAUAUCGCCGGAUCUGGUGGUGGAGCACAGAGAUCCAAAAUUGAGCGUUGGAAGCCAACGAAUGAAGAGGCUGGAUAGUGACAGGAUAUGUCACUAUACAGGGAGAGUCAGAGGAGAGAGGAACUCUAGAGCUGCCUUAUCAACCUGUGAUGGCUUGGCAGGCUACAUCUCAGUAGGCGACCGUCGGUACUUCAUCGAGCCCUUGGAAGACCACCAAGCCAACGAGCAGGGCCACCAUCUUCACGUGGUGCACGAGGCCGAUUCCAACGUGGCGAAGCGCAGCAACAUGCACUGCGGCACGCACGAAUGGAAGGAGGCGUGGAAGAAGCGGUUCAGGGAGAAAUUCGCUAAACAGGGGAAAGGCGAAUCUUUGGAACACGAAAAUGUGGAGAAGAGAGGAUUGGCUAGCGAGCACAGGUAUCUGGAGACGAUGGUGGUGGCAGACAAGAAGUUCGUCGCACAUCACAAGAAGUCGGACAUCGAGCUGUACAUCAUGACUGUGAUGAAUAUGGUAGCCGAUUACUAUCACGACUCCUCGAGCGGCAACCAAAUGGACGUGGUGAUAGUAAGAAUAAUGUAUCUAGAGAAGGAAGAAGAAGAAAUCGAUUUGAUAAUCAACCAGGACGCUGAUAAGACACUCGAGAGUUUCUGCAAGUGGCAGCAGAAGAUAAAUCCCAAGGAUAUCGAGAACCCCAAUCAUCACGACAUUGCUGUGUUACUGACAAGAUAUGAUAUUUGUGCGGAUGCUGGAGCAGAUUGUGGAUUGAUGGGACUUGCAUACGUAGCUGCUGCUUGCACCAAAGACGAAAACUGUGCUAUCAAUGAAGACAGUGGUCUAGUUCUCGGUAUUGUCGUGGCACACGAAAUGGGACAUGUUAUGGGAUGUUCCCAUGACAAGGAGGGCGAAUCAUCUUGCCCAGCUCAAGACAAAGACGAAUCUUAUUUCAUAAUGGCCCCCUACGUCCAUUUGUUCACGACAAAAUGGUCGACAUGUAGCAGAGCUUUCAUAACUGCUCUGUUCGAGAAUAAUCUUGGAGACUGUUUGAACGAUGAACCAGAAAUAUCCCUAUACUCCUACAGAAACGCCCUACCUGGAACCAUCUAUGAUGCAGAUGCCCAAUGCGAAAUCGCCUAUCCGGGAUCCACGAUCUGUGUAUUGGACCAGGAAAAGUUCUGCGAAAUCCUGCUGUGCAAAACUUCAGAUGACUCUUGCAUGUCCAACGAUGAACCACCUGCUGAUGGAACCAAAUGCGGAUCGAAUAAAUGGUGUUUUCAUAAGCAGUGCGUGGAGAUUGGGGAAAGGCCGGAGGCUAUAAACGGAGGUUGGGGAACUUGGGGAACAUGGUCCCCAUGUUCCAGAACUUGUGGCGGAGGUAUCUCUAUGGCUGAAAGAGAGUGCGACAAUCCGGUCCCACAGCAUGGCGGCAGAUACUGUCUUGGGGAUCGAAAGAAGAUCAAGAUAUGCAACAAAGAUCCCUGCUCUUCUGACAAACCAAGCUUCAGAGAAAUUCAGUGUAAGGAAAUGGAUAAGAAGCCUUUCAACGGGAUGAUGCACACAUGGAAACCCUUUCUUCAAAAAGAUGAACCAUGUGUUUUAUACUGCCUCAACGAAGUAGGAGCUUUCGCCAAGCUAGAACCAAGAGUAAAGGAUGGAACACCAUGUCAAGCUGGAACAAGGAAUUUAUGUGUCAGCGGAAAAUGCCGGAAAGUCGGCUGUGACUAUCAACUGGAUUCUGACGCAGUCGAAGACGUUUGCGGCAUCUGCAAUGGUGAUGGCACGCAGUGCAAGAUAAUAGAAGAUAUUUACAGAGAUACCGGCGCUCAUGAUUACAAGAAAGUGGCCACCAUCCCUCAGGGCAGCAGGAAUGUGCGGGUCGAAGAACUGGCGCCAUCUAUGAAUACGAUCGCCAUCAGUGACCGAUCGGAGAAGGUGUUCUACUUGAACGGUGACCAUCAAGAAAAUCGAGACGGUGACGUAAAAUUUGGCAAAGUGGAAGGCGUUUACAGUCACCCAGAGCCUGGAAAAGAAGCAUUGGUCAUUCAUGGACCAACUAGUGAAGAUCUCAUACUAUUCGUAGUCUUCUACAGAUCGGAGAACGUUGGUUACGUGUACAAAUACGCCGAGCCAACUUCGGAUUUGAAUUACGCGCCUCACUAUCACUGGGAGCUCCUGGACUGGACAGAGUGUUCGGCGAAAUGUGGUGGAGGAGUGCAAACGUCCAAAUUCGACUGUGUGGAACAGAAAUCCGGGAGAGUGAGUGCCACGUUUUGUGUGGGCGAAGAUAAACCAGAGCUGUCUACGAAAAAAUGUAACGAGAAGCCCUGUAAAACAAAGUGGAAAGUGGGCGCCUGGACCAAAUGCCGAGCCUGCAAGAACCGCUCUGGAGUACGGUCCCGCGAAGUCGAGUGCGUCCAGGAAUCCCCGAGGGCCGGCGCCGAGGACAUCCUGGUCGACGACGAGCGUUGCGACGGCGCCAAACCGGCGUCGCAGGAGCUGUGCGACUCGCACGAGACGUGCCAAGCGAGACGGAGGGAGGUAGAGGAGGAGAUACCCGAAGAGAUGCUGCGGGAGGUCCGGGAGCAGAUCGAUAGGAUGGCGAAGAGGAAGAGGGAGCUGGACCUCGAUGGCCUACUGUCGGCCAUAAACUCCAACAACAACGGGAGCAAAGAUGCGUGCCACGCAAAGUCCAAUUCCUCCAAGAUUAAGUUCAAUGUGGGCGAGAUCAUCAAGGAUCGCGUGCCUCAGGAGGAGAUCAAGCUGAUCAAGGUGCCUUUCAAGCAGUCUCACGAGGCACUAAAUUUGUCUGACAAUGCGUUUGAAACGAUGGGAGACUCGGUGGGAGAUAAUCUGGAUACAGGACACGCGGAGAUCUCAACUGGAGAAGCUGCAGCCAGGAUUCUGAAGGAGCUGCAGCAUCCUGAAGAGAUGGUGAAUCGGACAACGACCAGGAGAAGUUCUAGUAAGGGGGCUGUCACGGUAAAGACAGGUUCAAGGAAGAAAGCUUCGACGACAAUCAGGAAAGUCAAGACAACAACUCGUAAGAGUCACGUUGAAGAGAAGCAGGAAUAGUAAUGUAUGUUCAAUUUUGCUAGAGGAAUGGUAUACUUGAAGUCAAUAAAAAUAUUUUACUAUGGA